AUGUUGGAGCACAUAACAGCAAGCGAAAUAGCAGGCUAUGGCGUGGGAGCUCUACUCCUCUCCGCUACCCUUUCUGCCCCCAAAAUCGAUUCUUUCAUUUCUUCUUCUCAGCGCAGUUCCUUAGGGAUGUGCAAAAGAUGUGGUGAUCUGAAGCUGGUAGCUUGCUUCAAAUGCAAGGGCUCUGGAUUGAUCAAAGAAGGUGGGCCCUUCAAUUUUGUCCCCAUUGUUAGUGAGAAUCGCGCGUUUCCUCAGCGGUUGACCGACCUUCGUCGGUGGUCUACCCUUAGCUGUGCUCCAUUAUCCCCGGUGGACCAGGGUGGGGUAAGGCGUCGGGGUUGGGAGCAGCUUGAGCGGCUCCCGGUGUCCUCGUCAGGGUUGGUGGUUGGGGCUGAGAUGCUUCUCUUGUCUCUUGUUCUUCUCCGUUACCUUGGUGUGAGGUCGACAAGGUUACCGGUGCGCCAAACGUUUCCUGUGGUGUUGGCGGAUUUGGUGUGCGGUGGUGUGGGGGGGAGGGUUGCCCUUAGUUUUGGCCAAUCCUAG